AUGGAAUCUAGAAGGCUUCAGAAAGAGUUCGAAGAGCUUUUCAAGCUGAGCGCUCCAGGCACCCAGAGCAUUGUAUCAGCUCACAUGGUUGGUAAUGAUAUGCAUCAUUUAAAAGGAAUAAUCAAAGGACCAGUAAGAUUUUAUAUCAGUAGCCAGACACACCUUAUAGUGGCGGAACCUUUAUCGUAGACAUCACCAUUCCUCCAGAUUAUCCUUACAAGCCACCAAAAAUGAAGUUCGAUACCAAAAUUUGGCAUCCAAACAUUUCAUCUCAGACUGGAGCUAUCUGUUUAGACAUCCUUAAGGAUGAAUGAAGCCCUGCCUUGACCAUCAGAACUGCCCUACUCAGUUUACAAGCUUUAUUGUGCGCUCCAGAGCCUGACGACCCUCAAGAUGCUGUUGUUGCAAGCCAAUAUAAAAACCAUCCUCAAGAAUGGGCAAGAACAGCAAGACAAUGGACCCAAGAAUACGCCAAGGAUAUUGAACAGGUCCAUAGGGAACAGAUUCAAAGACUAAUGGAAAUGGGAUUCGAAGAAGAAGUGGUAAGAAAAGCUUUAGAAAGUGCAGGAUGGGAUGAAGAAGCUGUCGUGAAUUCUUUAUUAGGCUAA